GAUCUGGCAACCACAGUUGUGCAGAGGGCAGUGUUCGGGGAAGGCAUUAGCGGAAUUCUUGUCAACAAACUCGCAUAGAGGGUGAUUUUGCACGUUUAUUCCAUGGACAUUUCGUGACAUACGUCUUUCUAUAUCAAGGGGACUGUCACAUUACAGAUGUCCCCUAAUAUUUGACCACAGCUCUCCAAAAGUAAUUUUUUUGUAUUUUUCGGAAGAGACCAUGACCACUGUCAACAUCACCAGAGACCUCCUCCACCGGCAGAUCAGGGAUAAAGGAGCAUCAGGUUUCCAAAGACUCUACCAUGUGACAGACCCUUUCAUCAAGAGACUUGGACUUGAGACAGAGCUGCAGGGUCAUACUGGCUGUGUGAACUGUUUGGAGUGGAAUGAACGUGGAGACCUUCUGGCCUCUGGCUCAGAUGAUCAGCAUGCCAUCAUCUGGGAUCCUUUCAAACAAAAGAAGCUUACAACUAUGCAUACAGGCCAUGCAGCAAACAUCUUCUCUGUAAAGUUCCUUCCUCACUCCGGUGACAGGAUUUUGGUGACGGGUGCUGCGGACACAAAGGUUCAUGUGCAUGACGUCACUGCAAAGGAAACCAUCCACAUGUUUUCUGAUCAUACAAACAGGGUCAAACGCAUCGCCACGGCACCCAUGUGGCCCAACACAUUCUGGAGUGCUGCAGAGGAUGGUGUUAUAAGACAGUAUGAUCUGAGGGAGAGCAGCAAACACUCAGAAAUUCUCAUAGACCUGACAGAGUUCUGUGGCCAGCUGGUGGAAGCGAAAUGUUUAGCUGUUAAUCCACGGGACAACAAUUACCUAGCUGUGGGAGCUAAUGGGCCAUUUGUACGCCUCUAUGAUAUCCGAAUGAUUCACAAUUAUAGAAAAUCUAUGGUGCAGAGCACAUCUGCAGCCGUGCACACGUUUUGUGACAGAAAAAAACCCAUACCAGAUGGAGCAGGGCAGUAUUAUGUAGCAGGUCAUUUACCUGUCAAACUACCUGACUACAAUAACCGCCUCAGGGUGUUGGUAGCUACUUAUGUCACUUUCAGUCCUGAUGGCACUGAGCUACUUGUUAACAUGGGGGGUGAACAGGUAUACUUGUUUGACCUCACAUUUAAACAAAAACCAUACACUUUCUUUCUUCAAAAGAAGUACCAGUCAUCACCAGAUCUACAGAACGGCAGGAAGACCAAUGGUGUAUCUAAUGGUAUUCACCUUCAAACAAGCCAUAUUCGAUUAGCUGGAAACAAGAUUCAUGCUUGUUUGCCUGAGCUUCCUCCUCACUUGGAGAAAAUAAAGCAACAAGCAAACGAUGCAUUUGCACGACAGCAAUGGACACAGGCCAUCCAGCUGUAUAGCUUAGGUAUUCAUCAAGCUGACUGCAAUGCAAUGUUGUAUGGCAAUCGAGCAGCAGCCUAUAUGAAACGGAAGUGGGAUGGUGACCAUUAUGAUGCUCUCAGGGACUGCCUGAAGGCUCUGAGUCUGAACCCUGCCCAUCUGAAAGCUCAUUUCAGGCUGGCACGAUGUCUGUUUGAGCUUAAAUAUGUGACAGAGGCUCUGGAGUGUUUGGAUGAUUUUAAGGGAAAGUUUCCCGAGCAGGCUCACAGUAGUGCGUGUGACGCCCUUGAUAAGGACAUCAAAGCUGCUUUAUUUGCUAAAAAUGAAUCAGAAGACAAAAAAGCCAACAGCUCUGUUAGAUUUCACUCAUUCAGCCGAAAGGAGUCCAUCCCUGAAGAUGAGUUGGCACUGAGAGAACGCAGUUUUGACUACAAGCAUCGAUACUGUGGUCACUGCAAUACGACUACGGAUAUUAAGGAAGCCAACUUUUUUGGGAGCAAAGGCCAGUACAUUGUCAGUGGUUCAGAUGAUGGUUCUUUCUUUAUUUGGGAAAAAGAGACCACAAACUUGGUGAGGAUUCUACAGGGAGAUGAGUCAAUCGUCAACUGCUUACAGCCACACCCCAGCUAUUGCUUCCUUGCAACCAGCGGGAUCGACCCUGUUGUUCGGUUAUGGACUCCUAGGCCUGAGAUGGAGUGUGAAAAUGUCAGGAUUGUCGAGGACAUGGAGAGUGCUGCCCAAGCCAACCAGCGACGUAUGAAUGCAGAUCCGUUGGAGGUUAUGCUGCUUCACAUGGGCUACCGUAUCACGGGACUACGAGGGGUGGGUCCCGAUGGCUCAGAUGAUGAAAGCAGCUCAGAUGGACAAGUGCAAUGCCGGCCGAGCUAAACAAGUUCUAGUCGCUCACAGACGUACACACAAAAGCACUGUUGAAGCUCCUGUUUGAUUUGUGAAUUCCCUAAACCGACUAAAUCAUUGAGUGAAAGGUAUGUCACAUCUCUGCACUAUGCAUCAACCUCCCUCAUACCAAGAGAGGAUGUGUCUGUAGUCCACUGGGGAGUAAUUAAUUAAGAUGGUGUAGAUUAACAGCCUUCUCACCAAUUUAUAGCACCAAAAACACCCUCAGCUCCCCUCAGCUUAAAGUGCAGGGUCUGAGAAGUGCCCUACCCACAUCACUCACAGGGAGAGGAGUUCAGCACUUUUUAUGUUUGCGAGAUGCUCCUAAGGUGGCAUCGACAGUUGGUGACCUAUUUUCAGGUCAUAGCCAUUUAUCUGGCCCUCCAUGUAGGAUCAGGUAGGAUUGACAAAGUUGACAGUGCGUAAAUGCAUUAUCUCUGCGCUUUCGUGUUGAAGCUGAAAGUCUCAGUACUCUGAUCUCAGAAAGGCUGCAAAGUGAAAAUCCAAAUGAUCAUUUCCCUUCAUCACAAAUAUAAAUGUUGUCACCAAACAUCAUGUUUUUGAUAAAACAUUUAGUUAAACCUUGUUGUAUAAGAGCAAAUUGUUUUCUACCAAAGGUUAUCAUCACUUUUAUUGCCAAGGAUUUGUAUUUACUUUGUAUCAUCAAAACAUAAUUUUGGCUUAUAGUGCUUGGUUGUACAGAAAGGAGUGUUGAAAUGAGCAACAUCAUAAAUGUUUGUGAAUCAUUUUUGCAAAUUGCAUUUGUGUUAAACGUAAGAAUUCUUAAUGAAAAAUGGCAUGAAUUAUUUGGCAAAAAAUGCUUCUGUUGGUUGUGAGACACAGACAGUAUUGUAUGGACAACUGGUUUGUAAGUGUUUAAUGUUUGGAGGUGAUUAGGGUUUCUGUUUUGCUUUGGCACAAAUUAUUUGAACUCAAAGGACAGAGAGCCACCCGUCCAUCACUUGCCUUUGUACUGACUGGGUCUUUAAACAUGCAACACUAGGCUUCCUUGUGUUUACUUUGUACUAUUACGUUUUCUUUGAUAUUUCAUGUCAUAGUCUUUGUUGUAAACAAAGUAAAAAUAUAUAUUUAACACUGA